CUAGUCCUCUACUAUAAUUGCUUUCUCUCGGGGGAAAAAAAAAUUAAACUCCUUUCUAUCAUCAGCCUUUCUAAUUAAGAAGAACAAACGAUGGCAACCUUCUUGUUACUUUUGCUAGCAAUGUUGACAACUAUUAUAGCUCAAAAAGAACUGAUAGUUAACAUCACCAUACUUCACAGCGCCACUGCUGAAGGCGCAGUUUGUCUUGACGGGAGCCCGCCAGCCUAUCAUCUUGAUCGGGGAUAUGGCACAGGACUUCGCAGCUGGAUCAUUGCCAUUGACGGCGGUGGUUGGUGUCAGAGCAUCCCGGAUUGCCGUAGUCGUUCAACUAGCGACUUAGGUUCUUCCAUGAAGAUGCAGCCGCCACAAGCUAAGUUUUCGGAGAUUCUUCAUAACGAUCCAAGAACCAAUCCAGAGUUUUACAACUGGAAUAGAGUCAGGGUUAGAUAUUGUGAUGGAUCAUCUUUUACGGGAGACGUUGAAGAUAUUGACCCUGAUACCAAACUUUACUAUAGAGGGGCAAGAAUCUUCAAUGCAAUUAUGAAUGAUUUAAUUGGGAAAGGAAUGCAGAAUGCUGAAAAUGCAAUCCUAUGCGGUACUUCAGUAGGAGGAUUGGCUACAAUCUUGAACUGUGACAAGUUCAAGUCCCUCCUUUCGAAUGAUGCCAAAGUCAAGUGCGUUGCGGAUGCAGGCUUCUUCAUCAACGCGAAGACAAUCUCUGGUACUUAUGAUAUUCAAGAGAUAUAUCAGAGAGUUGUUAGGUUACAUGGAUCAGCUAAGAAUUUGCCUUUAUCUUGCACGUCUGCAAUGGAACCAAGUUUGUGCCUUUUUCCUCAGAAUGUCGUUCCAUACGUUCAGACUCCAUUUUUUAUAAUCAAUUCAGCCUAUGACUCUUGGCAGAUUGAAAAUAUUUUGGUUCCUAAAUACCUCGAUCCUCAACAUGUCUGGGAGGAUUGCAAGAGUCAAAUAAGCAAUUGCACAUUUAGCCAGCGUAUAAUUAUUCAAGGUUCUAAAACGAUUCUUGCAUAUAAUGAACUUCGAUUCUACUGAAGUCCCAAAAAAUGAAUUGAUAUGGAAGGAAAAUAUAGUAUGAGUUUUCAUAUAUUCAUAAAAAUUUUAAUUAUUAUUUUUUGGUUUCAAAAUAUUGGUCUACUAGGAUG